UAUGACUUCGCUUUCAUUUUCUUAUUCGAAUCCAAGUUUUUUUGUUUCCAUUGGCAGUAAGCCUACACAACUUGUGUGGUGUUCCUUUGUAGCUUUGGAAUUUUGGACUUAUAAGAUUUUAUAUACCCGGGAGAUGUGAAUUUCAAGCGAAAGAUGACAUCUUUCAGUGGGUUAGGGAUUGGUUUAAGCUUGGUUUUUGGUUGUCUUUUAUUAGCUCUUGUUGCUGAGCUUUACUAUUUGCUUUGGUGGAAGAAGAGAUUAAUUGGAAGUAGCUCACAAGUUGAAGAAAAUUACACCAAAUAUGAAAAGGAGCUGGUUCAUUUCUUCUGCUGGAAGAAAUCUGAUUCUUUGCAUGCAUCCACCAAUAUCAACAACAACAACAACAUUCGAGAUUUAGUCAAAGACCAAGCCAUCAAUGGCGUUGUUGAGUCAAAUUUGGAACUCGGUUCAAGCAAGGAUUUUGUGCUAAAGGGCUAUGGCGAAGAGGGUAUUGAAUCAGAGCUCAUGAGACUUCACAAUCUGGCCGGUCCACCCAGAUUCCUCUUCACAAUCCAAGAGGAAACAAAGGAAGAUCUUGACUCAGAAGAUGGUCAGUCAAGAACAAGGAGCUUGAGUGAUCGUAUUUUGACUAUGUACACUCCAAUGGCUUCUCCUCCACCUAUGAACCCUUUAGAUUCUUAUCACCGCCAAGGAUUCAACCCUCUCUUCGAAUCAUCAACAGACGCCGAGCUAAACAAGACUAGAUCUCCGCCUCCUCCAAAGCUCAAGUUCUUAAGAGAUGCAGAAGAGAAACUUUUGAGAAGAUUGAUGGUUGAAGCUGAGAAAAAGGUGCAUGAAAAUGGAGGUCCUCUUCAAGGUGAGAAUAUACAAGGGUCUUUCUUGAAAUUCAUUGUUGAUAAGAACUUGGAACCUGUCCAAUGUUUGCCGCAGUACCCUUCGAGUCCUUCUCAGAUACUGCCGUUUCCUUCUUCUACGACAACAUUCAGAACACUGGACAAGACAGACACUAUGCGUUAGAUUCCUGAAUCUUGUCUUGUUUUCUGCUAGCAGAGUUUCUUUCUUUUUUUCCCCUUUAAUUUAUUCUUUUCAUCUACCAUUGUAGUAUUAGUUUAAAACGUUUUCAGAAAGGGCAAAAAUGGUAGAUAAUCAUGGUCCAUGAACAAUCCUGAACAUCUUGUUAUGCAAAGUAAGAAACGGAGGAGACAAUCUGGUUUUUCCCCAUCCUCCACUCCA